AUGGAAAUGAGCAAGUUUUCUGUUCUAACUCGCCUGAAGAGGGCAGUGAAGAAGGUAAGUUUUUUGUUGAAUUUUAGUGUCAAUCGAUGGCUUGUAGCUUCGGCUAUUGGCCGGACUUCAUUGAAGAACCGCCACCUUAGCUUCAAUGAUCGGCCGGGCUUGAGGGCGUGCACCGAUGAUAAUGACGUAGAUUCGGAGGAUUCCGGCUCUUCGAGGGAGCUUCAGAGGACAUUAAGCUUUCCGUACGAAGAUGAUGUUGAUAAGAGAGCUGAGAUGUUUAUUGCUAAUUUCCAUCGCCAACUUUUAAUAGAGAGACAAAUUUCUCUGGAGCUUCAAUAUUGCCGGGGAAAUAGUUUCAAGGCAAUCUCUCCCUGA